AUGGGUGGUGGUCCACGUAACCCAAGAGAUGCUCCUGCUGACUGCCUUGCGACCGUUUCCGUGAUUCACCACACUUCCGAGGUGCCGGUCGUGACAGAGGACGAUGCAGCCACUGUCACCGGCCGCGAACAAGAUUCCAGCAAUGCCGUCGCUGAGGAGGUCCAGACCGUCAAAGCCAACAAUCAAGACCCACCAGUUGACUCGCAGGAGCAACGAAUAGCCAAACUAAAGGGCAUCUAUGCCGGCUUAGUGAUGGUCGAAAGCGAAUGCAUAGAAGCGGACGGAAAACACUUGCUCGCUACUGGAAUCGAGUUGGUUGAACAGAUCUUGCGAGACUUAAAGAGUGCCAAAGAGAAAGCAAAGAAAGAGGCUGCUGAAGCGAAAGUAGAGCAAGAGACCGUCCAAGCGGAAGAAGACAAUAAGCACUCGAACCCCGACCCCGAGGCGAUGCCGACCAGUGUGGGUGAAAGGCUAGAUGAGACAGCUUCUAAGGAGGCGGAGGCUGAGGAGGCAGAGCUCGAGGAGGUGGAUCACGAGAAAACAUCUCCCAAGGUGACGGAUGCGAAUGCGGAUGCCGCUCUCGAUGAGGUUACCGUCACCACGCAUCCUGUAGACCAGAACGCCAAUCUAUCCGUCCAAGAGCCGCAGGCCUCUCCUGAAGAGGCUGGUACUGCACCCGCGGAUUCGGGCAAGGAUACGGCAGACACUGGAGUCGACACUACUGCCCUCACCAAGGAGACGAAGUCUGAGUCCGAGAAGAAGCCCAAGACCGAACUGCCAUGCUAUGUCGAGUUCAGGCAGCUGGGUGACCAGAAUCUGUACAAAAAGGUUGGCAGCGAAUACUGGGUACUGAUCGACUCCCAAUGGGUCCCCAGUCUCAAUGCGGAGCAGUUUGCGGCUCUCAUUGAGCUUCACCGCACAUUAUUACACAAACACUACGACUUUCUCUCGGAAUCGCAGCACCCCAGCGCGUCGGCAGCGCUCAAAAGGCUCGCUGCGAAGCAUGGCAUGCUGGGAAGAAUGUGGUGGCACGGGAUACAUUCCUUUCUCGAGGUCAUGCGUAAACGACUUGUCGAGUCCGGGGAACAUAUGGCCUGUUUCAUCAUCCUGGCAUACAAAAUGAUGUCUUUGCUGGAAGAGACUGUCCCGCGCUUCCGUCACACCUGGAUCCAAUGCAAAGCGGAUUUGCUCGUUGCUCAACGAGGACAAGAGGCUGGACAAGAGCAACGAAAGGCAGAGCUUGUCAAGAGUGAGGCCGAAGCUAAAGACGCCACGGCCACUCCGGAAGGGAGUCAGACGACAGCGGAAGAGGACAAGGUCCCCCGGGAAGAGUCCACGGCCGCGACAGAAGAGACUACGACCAGUGACGCCGCGCACGAGAAAGACCUGGACACCAAGACACCAGAUUGGGAGCUGGUGUACGCCAACACACUACCGGAACACAGUCUGCUUGCGGGAUUCUUCUUUGCCAGAGAGGCUGAGCCUGAACCCCGCGACAAAUCCCUGGAGAAACCUGCCGAGGACGCCGUAGUCGUUGCCUGCCCAGCCGUCCCUGAUGCCACCCCAGCGGCUGUGCAGACCGUCGAUGAAUCAGUCGAGGCAUCACUGGUAGAAGUGAGGAGGGAAGAGAACGAAAACGAGGAUGUUCAACAGCAAGACUCCCAGGCGAAGGAGGUAGAAGCCGAGAAGGCGCAAGAGGAAGACGAGCAGAAGGACAGAGAAGCCGAAGAGGUAGAAGUGCGGAGGCGGGAAGGGCUGCAUCGUGAUCCCCCUCUCUUCCUCAACGGCUGGUUCAAGCGCUCGAAACACGACUACAACGAUAUACAGGUUCGCAACUAUGUCCAGGACGCCGCGACAUGUGACGCUCGGUCAAACCAGCUUUUGCACCUGGCUGCUCAGCUGAUCGACCGCUUCUUUGUCUUCGAGACCGACGAGGAGAGACGCUAUUGGAUCAGCGUGCCUGGGGCCUCAUCCGUACCGAAGCCUGACCCCAACAAGAAGAGGCCGGAAAUCAUCGAGCGCGACGGCGGCGUCAGAGUUGUUUAUGUCCAUCCUCUCUUCCACGCUGCCGAGAUCGAGAGGGAAAAGAGGAGAGCAGCAAGGGAAGAGAAGUGGCAGAAAGAGAAGGAGAGACAGAAGGAGAAGAGGCAGAAAGAGGAGGAGAGACAAAAAGAGAAGAAACGGAAAGAGGAUGAAGCCAAGGCCACUGCGGAUGUGGCUACAGCUCUCAACGAGAAGGCCGAGGGCGACGCGAAAGAGGUCAGUGUAGCCAACAACGGUCCCGAAGCGAGCCAACUCACUGACACGACUGAACAGCAACCUACGCAAUCCGAGAAGCCAGUCAGCCAGGUCGACGCCGAAAAGGCAACAGAAGCCGUGAACCUCCCGGCCGUGGCACCCAGCACGGUAUCAGAGGACGGUGAUCAUGAGCCGAGCUCGGCUUAUGAAAUGGAUCUGGACAAGGCCAUCGGUCUCGAAAAGGCCACCGCGGCGGCCCAGAAGCCGCCGGUUACCCACGAGGCCGACCCUACCGAGGCCGAGCCCACCAAAGCCAAGGUGGAGAUGACGCUUCCAGUGCGAGGGGUGGACGACGCGCAUACGAAGGGCAGCGGCGCAGGUUCGGACGCGGCCGCAGCCACAACCACAGCCCCCGCCGCAGACGCAGCCACGGACCCGCAGGUCACGGUUCCGCUGAGCGAGGGCGUGCUCGACAGUAUGCCGAAGACGGAGGAUUCUACCAAGGCUAUCAAGCGCUGGAGAGCGGCAAGCAAGGGUCCUGGCGCGGACGAGGGCGCGGACGAGGACGAGGACAAGGACGAGAAAGAAUGGGAGCGCCUCAGCAACGAAAGUCACGGAGACGUCAAGGUGGAAACGACGUCUAUGUUUUCGCGCUUUUUCUUCGGGAGAUAG